CUGCUGCUCCACCUCCUCUCACAAGUCACAGCUCGAACACCUGCACCUCUGAAGCUUAAUUUCUUUACGUCCAGGGAUCCCAUCUCUCUCUCUCUCGGUUUCUCUCUUCACCAUGUUUGAAGCAAAAGAAACCCAUCUAAAUGGAGCUUACUACGGACCUCCAAUCCCCCCUCAGCAAUCCUACUCCUACCGCAGGCGCCCAGUCUGCUGCUGUGUGCUUAGCACAUUCAUGAAAGUUCUGAUCGCAAUCUGUGUCGCUCUUGGCAUUACAGUGCUCGUCUUAUGGCUGGUCCUGCGCCCAAACAAAAUGAAGUUCUACGUGGUAACAGCUGAUCUCAGCGAAUUCAAUCUCACAAAUGGCAACACACUAAAUUACAACCUCUCCUUGAACAUGGCUGUGAGGAACCCAAACAAGAGAAUUGGCAUUUACUAUGAUAGGCUUGAAGCUGUAGCUUCCUACCAAGGAGAGAGGUUCGCCUGGGACAAUCUUCCUCAUUUCUACCAAGGCCAUAAGAACACAACUAAUAUCCCUGUGAACUUCCAUGGACAGCCGGUGGUAGUCCUUGAUGGAUCAGAUAUCUUGACUUUUGAUGCCGAGAAGAGUAGUGGGUUGUUCUAUAUCGAUGUUAAGAUCUACUCUCGAAUUAGAUUCAAGAUUGGAUCAAUCAAGACUAGGCGCAUCAAGCCAGAGAUUGAGUGCGAAUUGAGGAUUCCUCUUUCUUCCAAUGCAACAACCUUGGCUACACGGUUCGAGAGCACCAAGUGUGAUGUCAACUUCUGAUCAUCUUUUUGCCUCAAAUCUGAUCAUUCUUUCAUUUUUCUUUUUUUUUUUUUUUUGUUCUCCUGCGUGCCUUGCUUGGUUCUUGUUCUUUCUCCUUCAUAUUUUAAUUCUGUCCCUGCGAUUUUGACUAUAUAUGUAUCUAUUAAAUUAUACUUAAUUUCUAGUAACGAAAUUUUAAUUGA